UUGGCACGAUAUUCGAGAUAUCGCAGUAUAUUUUCACAAGGUUGCUGAAAACUGUUCGACAGCUCACGACCGGUUUCACCCGUCUUGGGGCCCAUCAGGUAGGCGUAAUCCACGAGUUUCCGUCAACCUACGCCUACCUGAUGAGCCCCAAGACGGGCGAAACCGGUCGUGGGAUGUUGAAGAGUUCUCAGCAACCUUGCGAGUGGUUUCCUUUAUGAAAAUAAGUCCGUUUCACUUUUCUGAAGGUAUAUUAACCAGUCAUCAACUGUUGAGUGAAACAAAUAACAAUGAUCGUGUUCCUGGCUGUAAAUGUCAUGUCACUAAUCGACAAAUACGCUCAUCUGUGUAUCAACCGGGUUUCCACGUGAUACUCAAAUG